AGAAUGGAUUAUGGGUAAUGCUUAGAUGCCCUAAUGGACGUACUACUUGUUUAAUGUUGCUCAUCGCUUUUUCGGUUAUUACUUUCUGUGUGCUUUAGCGCUUUGUGUUUUUCGCUGGAACUUAAAAAUACAUGUUUGGUGUUCCCGUAGGAAAAAUCUAAGAGUUUUGUGUUAGUGUAUUAUAGUUCUAUAUUUGUAUUGAAUACUUAUUUUUGAAAUCGUUAUUAUUUAAUUUCAUUUGUUCAUCGCAUCGGACGUUUACUGAUAAAUUGCAUUCCACCAACUGUUUAUAUUAGUAUUUAAGGAUAUCAAUAAUAACAUGGCUAAAGUACAACUGUCUAACGUAGUUGUUUUAGACAAUCCAUCUCCAUUUUCAAACCCUUUUCAAUUUGAACUCACGUUUGAAUGUAUUGAAGAUUUAAAUGAAGAUUUGGAAUGGAAAAUGAUUUAUGUUGGGUCGGCUGAAAGUGAAGAACACGAUCAAAUAUUAGAUACUAUUUAUGUUGGACCUGUUCCUGAAGGAAGACAUAUGUUUGUUUUUGAGGCAAAUCCUCCAGAUGUUUCUAAAAUUCCUGUAGAAGAUGCUGUUGGUGUAACUGUUGUACUAUUAACUUGUUGUUAUCGUAAUCAGGAAUUUGUUAGAGUUGGAUAUUUUAUUAACAAUGAAUAUACAGAUCCAGAGCUGCAAGAAAAUCCUCCAAGUACACCUCAAUUUGAUAAGAUGGUAAGAAAUAUAUUGGGUACUGAACCUAGAGUAACAAGGUUUAAGAUCAAUUGGGAUGACUCUGAACAACCUACUACUAGUAAUGGAAUACAAUCUACCUGUCAUGAAAAUGAAGAUUCAAAUUUACAAGAAAUGGAUGAAGAAGUGUCUUCUUUGUUAUCUUCCCAUGCAGACAACAGCCUUAGUCAAAGUCCAAUGGAAGUAUUGUAAAUUGACUGAUCCAAUAUCUCAUCUAUUUUAAUAUCAAUAUUUUUUAUAAGAAAAAAAAAAUAAAAGAAGUGUUAAUCGUAUAAUAUAAAA